AAAUUAAAAUUUGGAUUGAAAAUGGAAGGGAAAGACGAAGGACCCAAAACCUCACUCUUCCCUCUUCUCUCCCAACCUUCAGAUUCAAUUUCAUCUCAAUCUCGAUCUCAUUGGCUCUGCAAUCCCAGCUUCACCGCCGACCUUUCACUCCUCAACGACGCCGUUUCAUCUCACGUAUCGAAAAACUUAUCUGAAGAAGAUGACGACGACCCUGAACCUGUUACAGCUCCCGCGCGUGUCUAUCAAACGCUGGACUCCGACGACCAAGACUUGGACACAGUCGGCGGCAAGAUCAAGAAGAAGAAGAAAAGGAAGCAUCGAAGGUCCCCUGAGUUGGACCACGAUAUCGGGAGUUUAAGGAGGUCCAAUGCCCCUCGCCCAUGGAGUAGCUCCGAUUCCAAACCCUCCAAUUCCAAACCCUAUUUCUUCGACUCUAAAGGCGAUCCUGACAAUUUUGUCUUCGGCUCUCUUUACAGAAUGGAUGUUGCUCGUUACAAACCUUAUGCAUUUCAAGGAUUGUCUGGACUUGAUUUUCGAGGUUUGAGACAAUGGAAUCCAAUGCUUUAUGCAUUGGAUAUGGAUAGUGAUGUGGAUGCAUUGGACAACAAAUUAAGGUCCGGUGGUCGUUAUUGGUCUGCAAAAUAUAUGGCCGUGGAGUCUCAGAAGAGCUUAAAGCGUCUUCGUAUUGUUGCUCCCAAAACCGAAAGUUCCUCAGAAACAGUUGCGGGUGGUGAUUUCAUUCCAUUGUCAGAUGUUGGUUUUCAAACUACUGAAGAAUCGUGGGAAGAUGAACUCCUACGUAAAACUCGGGAGUUCAACAAAACUACUAGGGAACGACCCCAUGAUGAAAAAGCAUGGUUAGGAUUCGCAGAGUUCCAAGAUAAGGUGGCUGCUAUGCAAUCCCAAAAAGGUGCUCGUGUACAAACACUUGAGAAGAAGAUAAGCAUAUUGGAGAAGGCAGUUGAGCUUAACCCAGAUAAUGAACAACUACUGCUUUCUCUUCUUAAGGCGUAUCGGAGCAGAGAUAACAUUGAUGUAUUUAUUGGUCGGUUUGAGAAGAUACUUGUGCUGAAUUCAGGAAAUUAUAAGCUUUGGAAAGAGUUCUUGGUGUUGUUUCAAGGGGAUUUCUCUAGUUUCAAGGUUUCAGAGAUGAGAAAGAUGUACUCAAACGCAAUACAAGCUCUCUCUGCUGCAUGCAGUAGACACUCUAAGCAGGUCCAUCAUGCAGCUAAAUCCUUUUCCCUGGAUUCUGCUCACGUUCAAUUAGAACUUGGUCUCGUUGAUAUAUUUCUCAGCCUUUGCAGGUUUGAGUGGCAGGCCGGUUAUCAAGAGUUGGCCACUGCUUUAUUUCAGGCCGAAAUCGAAUAUAGCUUGUUAUGUCCUUCUUUACUUCUUACGGAGCAAAGUAAACAGAGACUCUUUCAGCACUUUUGGGAUAGUGAUGGUGCAAGAGUAGGAGAAGAUGGUGCCUUUGGUUGGUCAACAUGGUUGGAGAAAGAGGAAGAAAAUAGACAAAGGAUUCUUAAAGAGGAAGCCUCAACUUAUGUGGAGGAAGAAGGUGGUUGGACAGGUUGGUCCGAACCAUUUGCCAAAAAUAAGAUUUCUGGUGGAAAUCCAGAUAAUGUCACCAAAGAUGAUAUCAAAGGUGAGGAGCCUCAAUCAGAAUUAGAAGAUGAAGACAUAAAUCUGGAAGAUGAUACUGAAGUGUUGUUAAAGAAGCUAGGCAUUGACGUUGAUGUUGCAUCUAGUGAUGAGGUUAAGGAUGUCUCAACUUGGAACAGAUGGUCAAAAGAAGAGCUUUCAAGGGAUUGUGAUCAAUGGAUGCCUCUGCGCACGAAAUCUGGAGUUGCAGCUCUCCGUGCUGAUGAUACACCCAAUGCAGAAACAGAUGAGCAACUUGUGAGAGUAAUAAUGUAUGAAGAUGUCAAUGAAUUUCUCUUUUCCUUGAGCUCAAGUGAGGCUCGUUUGUCACUUUUGCUCCAGUUGAUCAAUUUCUUUGGUGGUAAAAUAUCUCAUUGGAUUUGCACAAAUGACUUGAGUUGGAUCGAGAGCACCCUUAGCCUGGAAGAAAUAUCAGAUUCUUUGUUACAGACUUUGGCAAAGGUCGACAAUUUAAACAAACUUGAAAACAGUCUUAGUGGUUCCAGUUUGGAAUCUCUUUUGGGGAGCACCAAUGAUGUUACUAGGAGGACUGGCAUGAUGAAAUUUCUUCGUAACGUUACGCUACUUUGCUUAACUGCUUUUCCGCGUAAUUACAUUGUAGAGGAAGCUACUUUAGUUACUGAAGAGCUAUUUGUUACAAAAAUGAACUCUGAUAGUUGUUCAGUUACCCCAUGCCGAGCACUGGCAAAACGUCUUUUGAAAAAUGAUAGGCAGGAUGUAUUAUUAUGUGGUGUUUAUGCACGAAGAGAAGCUUUUUAUGGUAACAUUGAUCAUGCAAGAAGAGUAUUUGAUAUGGCAUUGUCGUCUAUUGAAGGACUCCCUUUGCAGGAGUUUCAGUCUAAUAAACCUCUUAUAUACUUCUGGUAUGCGGAGACAGAGCUUGCAAAUAAUAGCCAGGAAUCAUCAUUUCGAGCAAUACAUAUACUUUCCUGUUUAGGCAGUGGUGAAACUUAUGCUCCAUUUAAAGGUCAAUCGUCAAGUAUGCAAUUGCUAAGAGCUCACCAAGGUUUCAAAGAAAAAAUAAGAACAGUGGAAUCGGCAUGGGUGCGUGGCACUAUAGAUGAUCAAUCUGUUUCUCUUUUAUGUUCAGCAGCGUUUUUUGAAGAACUAACUUCUGGUUGGAGAGUAGGUAUCGAAGUUUUGGAUCAGGCUUUCACAAUGGUGCUUCCAGAAAGGAGGAGUCAUACUUAUCAAAUUGAAUUCUUGUUCAAGUUUUAUGUGAAGAUGCUGCAGCGACAUCUGGAUCAAUUAAGCCCUUCAAAAUGUUGGGAGUCCAUCUGCGAGGGGCUGCAAGUAUUUCCUUUCAACACUGAACUUUGUAGUGCUUUAGUGCAUAUUGGGAACCUAUACACAACACCAAAUAAAUUACGGCGGAUGUUUGAUGAGUACAAUCAAAAGAAACAAUCUGUGGUUAUCUGGAUUUUUGCCUUGUCAUUUGAGAUAAGUAGAGGUGGCUCCCAGCACAGGGUUCGUGGAUUGUUUGAGAGAGCAUUGGGAAAUGAUACACUUCGUCGGUCAGUAUUGCUAUGGCGGUCUUACAUUGCUUAUGAGGUUAACAUAACGUGUGAUCCUUCUGCAGCAAGGAGGAUAUUUUUCCGGGCAAUACAUGCCUGUCCAUGGUCCAAAAAGCUUUGGAUGGAUGGUUUUGCCAAACUGAACUUGAUUCUGUCUGCAAAAGAACUUUCAGAUCUUCAAGAAGUUAUGCGAGAUAAGGAAUUGAAUCUGAGGACGGACAUCUAUGAAAUCCUCCUAGAAGAUGAUUUUGGAGUAGAGGUGCCUGAGUAUGUGAGUGAAUGAUUUCAUUGAUAGGCCCCUAUCAAGCUCCAUGAAACACGCCUCUACAUUUUUCAAGGUAAGUGAAGAACUUGUACACAACCUUGUUUUUGAUGAUGUACUUGUAAAUUUUGUAGUUAUAACAAGAUUGUCCCAUACUCCUUUUGAAAAUAGUGAUCAUGGGUGAAUAACAAUACCAAUUCCCAUGUAUUGUAUUUGUUUGAAGGUUAUAACAACAAAGACAAGAGAACACAUCAAUAUGCUCCUUCA